UUUGCGACGUUUCUUUGCGGCAGUGCGGCCAGGCGCGGCCGCCGUAUUCCGCCUGGGAAACCGGCGGUUGUGCCGCUAGCUGGCGGGGCGGGGAGGGAGCAGCCGGAGAACGGGGCUCGCGAGGGAAAGGAGCAGCCCCGCUGCCGCCGCCCGUCCGCCCGCCCCUGGAUGGUCCGCGGGGCGGCUCGGGGGCCUCCUCCUCCUCCUGCUGCUGCUGCUGCUGCUGCCGCCCGGUCGCGGCGGGGCGGGGCGCGGCGGGGUGCGCGGUUGUCGGGGGCGGCUCGGCGCGGCGCGGAUCAAGGCGGCAGCUGAAGAUGGACUAUGACUUCAAGGUGAAGCUGACCGGGGAGCGCGAGCGGGUGGAAGACCUCUUCGAGUACGAGGGCUGCAAGGUGGGCAGGGGCACCUACGGGCACGUCUACAAAGCCAAGCGGAAGGACGGGAAAGAUGAUAAAGAUUACGCUUUAAAGCAGAUAGAAGGUACUGGAAUUUCUAUGUCUGCGUGCAGAGAAAUAGCAUUGCUGCGGGAGCUCAAGCAUCCAAAUGUCAUUUCUCUGCAGAAGGUGUUUCUUUCUCACGCUGACAGGAAAGUGUGGCUUCUCUUCGACUACGCCGAGCAUGACCUCUGGCACAUAAUCAAGUUUCACAGGGCUUCUAAAGCAAACAAGAAACCAGUUCAGUUACCUCGGGGAAUGGUGAAGUCACUGUUGUAUCAGAUCCUAGAUGGUAUUCACUACCUGCAUGCUAACUGGGUGUUACACAGGGAUUUGAAACCUGCUAAUAUUUUAGUUAUGGGUGAAGGUCCUGAGCGAGGAAGAGUAAAAAUUGCUGACAUGGGCUUUGCCCGAUUAUUUAAUUCACCCCUGAAGCCUUUAGCAGACUUGGAUCCGGUAGUUGUAACGUUCUGGUAUCGAGCUCCAGAGUUGCUUCUUGGAGCGAGGCAUUAUACCAAAGCUAUUGAUAUUUGGGCCAUAGGGUGUAUAUUUGCAGAGCUGCUAACAUCAGAGCCAAUAUUCCAUUGUCGACAAGAAGAUAUCAAAACUAGUAAUCCUUAUCACCAUGACCAGCUGGACAGAAUAUUCAAUGUAAUGGGAUUUCCUGCAGAUAAAGAUUGGGAAGACAUAAAAAAGAUGCCUGAACAUUCAACUUUAAUGAAAGACUUCCGGAGAAACACGUAUACCAACUGCAGCCUUAUCAAAUACAUGGAAAAACAUAAAGUCAAACCAGAUAGUAAGGCUUUCCACUUGCUUCAGAAAUUGCUCACUAUGGAUCCAAUAAAGAGAAUUACCUCAGAACAGGCUAUGCAGGAUCCCUAUUUCUUAGAAGAUCCUCUUCCCACAUCCGAUGUUUUUGCAGGUUGUCAAAUCCCUUACCCAAAACGAGAAUUUUUAACAGAAGAAGAACCAGAUGAUAAAGGAGACAAAAAGAACCAGCAGCAGCAGCAGGGCAAUAACCACACUAAUGGAACUGGUCAUCCAGGGAACCAAGACAACAGUCACACACAGGGACCCCCACUGAAAAAAGUGAGAGUUGUUCCUCCUACCACUACCUCAGGUGGACUUAUUAUGACCUCAGACUAUCAGCGUUCCAACCCCCAUGCUGCAUAUCCCAACCCCGGACCAAGCACAUCGCAGCCACAGAGCAGCAUGGGAUAUUCAACUACCUCCCAGCAGCCGCCACAGUACUCGCACCAGACGCACCGGUACUGAGCUGCAUCCCCGUAACGUCAAUGCACUGUUGCUAAUGCUGCAGGACCAGCCCCACAGCUGCCUGCCUGGAAACCUGGCUUGGGCCACGAGAAUGUACUGUAAAACCACACCUCCAACCUGUCCGACCGCCACGAUCCACCCCCUUCCACAGAGCGGAGUAGUGGCUCCCAAAUUGUACCUGGUUUUGGGGUUAGACUUGAAAAGAAAGUGCUAGCACAGUCUGUGUUGUGGAUAUGCUACUUCCAUAGUUUACUUGACAUGGUUCAGACUGACCGAUGCGUUUUAUUUUUUUCAGUGACAGUCUGUAGCAGUUGAAGCUGUGAAAUGUGCUAGGGGCAAGCAUUUUUGUUGUUGUAUGUGGUGAAUUCUCUUGAUGUAACAACUUUAUCAGACCAAUAGUACACAACAUCUUUGAACUGGUACUUGAAGCGUACAGUAUAUCUUACCAUGGCAAAAAAAA